AAAAUACUAUGAUUGUUCAGAGGGAAGGUAUCUGUAACAGUAUAACCUUUUAUAUCACUACGAAGGGCUCCAAAAAUGUCGAGCAGUGGUACACUUAGUAACUAUUAUGUUGAUGCUAUCAUAGGGCAUGAAGCAGAGGACGUUUAUGGGGCGAGGUUCGCACAGGGAGCGCACAGCACGACCUCAAGGCCAUCAGGUGUGGGAGAUAGUCCUGAUUUUUCCUCUUGCAACUUUGCGCCCAAAUCUGCGGUGUUUUCCACGUCUUGGUCCCCAGUUCACCCUCAGUCUAGUGCCGCAGUGUCGGGGCUCUAUCAUCCCUACAUGCACCAGUCACAUCUUGCCGCAGCAGAAAGUAGAUAUGUACGUUCUUGGAUCGAUCCACUCUCCACUUCGGUUUCUUUUCCCGGCUUCCAUCCCAACAGUCGGCAUUACGGGAUCAAGCCAGAAACUUUGCCAUCAUCCAAGAGGACAGAGAGCUCUUCUUUUGAGGCACAGGCUCCAAGCAUCCCCGACUUCACGAGCGCUUCUUUUUCAGAAAGUAAGGACAAGCCAGCCAAAGCGAAAGAACCUUUCAGCAGCGACAUUUCCAGCAACAGCGAGCUCAUGGAUGAAACGCAACAGCAACUUGACCCAAGCAACCCUGCUGCAAACUGGAUCCACGCUCGCUCGACAAGGAAGAAACGCUGCCCGUAUACCAAAUACCAGACUCUGGAACUGGAAAAAGAAUUUCUUUUUAACAUGUAUCUCACUAGAGAUCGGCGUUACGAGGUUGCUAGAAUUUUAAAUUUAACCGAAAGACAAGUAAAAAUCUGGUUUCAGAACAGAAGAAUGAAAAUGAAAAAGAUGAACAGAGAGAAGGGCAACAAGGAUCUUAACUGACGCAAGAAUAGGCUUGCUAGAAAGUAAAUGUUAGAGGACUUACAAACUGUCUCUCCAUUCCGGAUGUAUAUGUGAUAUAUAGUGUAUUAUUAUUUGCGUGUGUUAAUUCAGCUGAAUGUCGCGUUUUUGCUUAAAAAAUAGCCAUGGAAUGCUGAAUGGAAACAUCGUUGAAAUUGUGAUAUAGAUUAAUAGUGCGGUGGGUUAUGCCAAAAAAAAAUAAAAAUAAAAUUAAUGUAUAUUAAAUCACUUAGGCUAGUUAAGUAUCGGCUGUGGGGUUAAUUUAUAUUCAAUACUUAGCAGGAAUUUGCAAGAUAUAUUUCCCUUAGUUAACGAUAAUAAAAUGAAACCGUAUUAUUUGCAACAUGUUUUAAUCAAGAGCGGGUUAAGAAUAUUAAUGCAACACAGUAAUAAGCGUGGAGAAGUACAACACAUCACCUUAUCCGAGCCGGUAAGGGCAAUGUUUACAUGUAGGAGGUUUUGGAAAUGUAUGUUUCUUCAAUCCUCACAGCUGUAUAAUCGAUUUUUUUUUUUUUUUUUUUGUAUUUUUUGUUUUGUUUACUUUAAUUACAUGUUGUAAAUGUAAGAUUACACAGACCAGGUUUGAAAAGUUUUAAAUGAAAGCUGUGUAGAUUUUUUUUUUAAAACGAUAUGUGUAUAAAUUGAUUUUUUUUUUUCCAAACAUACGUCAGCAUCAAAACAAUUACAUCCGUUCGACAAAUAUAUAAAUAUAGCUGAUAUAUUAGAAAAGAGGUACCAAAUAAGGUACCAGAUGUUUUUAUUCUGAAACCUACAUUUUGCCUUUCAAAGAAAAUAUCCAGGACCCUACGCAAAAAGAACAAAGAAAUCCACUUAAAUAACUAAGUUCACGGUUUUAGACACAUGGGCAGCACGUGCAUCAUUAUGUAAACGGAAAGAGUUACCAUAGAGUUGCAAUUUAGAGUUAAAACAAUGUCUUUUAACUAGUGCGCGCGCGCGUGUGUGUGUGUGUGUGUUGUGUGUGUGUGUGUGUGUGUGUGUGUGUGUGUAACCAGGUGGGUCAUUUUGUCUUUAAUGUGAAGAAAUCGCAUUGCCGCAUUACAAUUAUAAACACUAAUAUUGUGUAGCAUUGAAUAUGCAAGCGUCUUUUUUCUUAUUAUUCUCUCUGACCACUGGAACAAACAUCAAGAUACUCAUUUAACUUGACGUAGUUAACGUUAUUACUAUACCUUUAUUAAGUUUAUCAUGUAUUUAUUUAAGGCAUUUGAUGCAAGUAUUGUAUAGACUCUGUGUAGUUUCCUUUUUAAAAUAGGAGGGUAUCCAUGCUCAGUGUGCAGUCUGUGAUUAUAACCUUAUUUUUAACAAAAAAUUGCAACUAUGUUUACGUCCCAUUAUUGAAUGCAUUGCUUUUUUUGGAAGAAGACAGCUAACCUAUCCAACGUUACUUAUUAGCAUGUCUACCAAAAGUAUUAGGCCUCUUUAAUUUGUAAUGCCCUUAUAUGGUGUUGAGGAACAAUAGGACAGCAAUUUCGCAAAAUAUGCUAUCUUGAUUUACUUUAAGAUUGAAAUAUAAAAUAAAAUAAGAACAUAUUCUGUCAUCUUUGUCACAAACACACACACACACACACACACACACACACACUCACACACACACAUACACACACACACACGCACAAGAGAGUAAUAAAGAUUGAAUUGCAUUUUAUGCGGAAGUUUGUUGGUAAAUCAUCAGUAAAUGUAAAAAUAAAAUAAAUAACCCACAAGUGUAGUCUGCUAGCUCAUUUAGAAGCUAUUGUUUACGUGUAUACCGCUAAUAAAGUGUUUACGAUUGGCAAGGUGCUGCAUGGAUUGUUACUGAUUGUGAAGCCUGUACCUACAAUGCUAUUCGAACAGGAAGGAAUGGGGUACAAUAAAGCCAUAUAACCGACUAGACGUCUGGUCUAAAUGAGUUUAUGGAAGCAAGUCGUAAUUGUACUCUUCUUUGAAACCUUCCUAUUUGUGUGUUUGUCUCUGUUGCUGACAAACAGAAAUGCAGACACGGUGUAAAGGGGUGUCUGGUAGAUACUUUGUAUUUUCACAGAAAGGCCAGAAAGAUUAAAGGAAGUUGCUUUUACUUUAAUAUGAAGAUUAUGCAUUGAUGAUUUGCUGAAAGGACAUUCUCUAGUAUGCUAUUAACACCGACAAACUAUCAGAAAUGCAGCAUUGUAUCUCUUUUUUUAAAUAACUAAAAUGUGAAUAGAAAAAAACAUAGGGUAUUCAAUGAAAACAGUGUGUGUUAACUGGUUUAAUGA